CUGCGUGUCUUCAUUUGAAUUCAGAACAAUUAGUAAAGGUAAAGCUUCAACAGCAUGAGUCUAAGUUGAUACAGAAUUUGUUUAAGUUGAUUGGAAUAAAAAAUUGGAGACAACACGUAUGAUGAAGUUCCAAUAUAUCCGGAUAUUUCUAGUGUUAGCUUGUAUUCUAGAUGAUCACGGCAUAAUCAAUGGAUACAACUGUUGUCAAAAUGGAUGGGUUGUGUUCGAGGACUCGUGUUACCUGUUUGCAGAUGAAAUAAGCAUUACAUGGGCAGAAGCAACGGAAUUUUGCGAUACGCACGAUCAUUCUCACAUUGUGACAAUAGAGUCUCGUUCAGAGGAAUUGUUUCUCCGUGAUCAGUGCCAACGUUUAUUCAAGACAGGAGCUUCGAGGUCUAAUUGGUUCUGGGUUGGGGCAACAGACGUCGCAAUUGAAGGAAUAUGGAUCUGGUACACAAAUCAUAAACCAAUCACUGAUGGAUACACCAACUGGUAUCCAGGGCAACCAACUAAUGCAAAUAAUCAAGAUUGUGCCGUUCUUUGGGGAAAAUCUGGUUAUACCUGGCACGAUCACCAUUGUGAACUGAAAUCACAUGUCAUAUGUGAGAAAAAGCAACACAACCACGGCUAAAGAGCAAAAAAGGUUCUGGUUGAUGAUAUACACGAACACAGAAGAGAUUCGUUAAUAUUUAUUUGUUCUGAAAACAAUCAAUGUAUAAUGAUUUAAUUACGACUCAAUUUUAUGAUUAUCUUAUUCUUUUCAAACGAUGAACUAUGAGUUAAUAUCUUUGUGAAAAAGUCAAUCAAUCAAUUUUGAAAUGAAAACUGAUACUUGUGUUG